AUGCAGGUGCGCAAAAAACCCGAGCCCAGUGCUCUCCCGCGCUCCGCAGAGCUCAUUACAGGAGCAAGGUACGUGAGUAGUAUUUAUUCAUCUGGCCUUGCUCUUUGUCGGUAUUUUGAGGCCGAGAAGAUGAAUUUUACCGGGAAGAAGCUGCUUGAACUUGGUUCGGGAAGCGGAAUCGUGGGGAUUUUGGCGACGUUGCUGGGCGGAGAUGUCACUCUGACAGACAAACCAUACGUCUUGAAGCAAAUCGAGUACAAUGUCUCCGCUAACAUUCCUCCUUGCUCCAGACAUCGGAUAAAAGUCAGCUCUCUGGUUUGGGGGACUGAUCAGAAAAACUACCCAAAUGAUUUUGAUUUCAUCCUGGGCUCGGAUAUUGUGUACAGUCCAUCGCAAUUUCCUUUCCUUUUGCAGACACUUCAAGAUCUCUGCGGUUCAAACACUGUCAUUUACCUGUCUUCCGAUAUAAAGUACAGAGAGGGCUCGGUCCAUUUCCACGAGGUGCUGGUGCCAGAGAAGUUUAAUAGUGAGGUAAUUCAUAGAAGCGGGAGUAACUGCAUUUACAAAGUGACCAAAAAGGCCCCGGCAAUGAACUUCACUUUCUGA